AUGCAUCUAUUUGCCCUCGGAUCCAACGGAUCCGGCCAACUCGGCAUCGGCCACACGGAGGAUGUCUCCUCGCCCACGGAGUGUGUCUUCGAGACAUCAGAACAAUAUCAUGACCCUCUUGACGAAAAUGAUAAUAUUAUACGUGUUGUCGCAGGCGGGAACCAUACCCUGCUUCUCACGGCCAAGGGGGGUGUUUGGGCAGCUGGGUGGAAUGGGGAUGGACGGUGUGGAGAAAACAUCACUUGUACCCAUGCGCAAGGUCAAGAUUGGCAUCGCGAUGGAGAGGAGAAUGGCCCACCAACAGCAAACGAAAAGAAGAUUCCGAAUACGGCUACGAGGCAAGAGCAGGGACAAGAACGAGACGACCAUGAAGAAGAAGGACCACUCCUCCGCUUCCGAAGGGUGCGUGUCCACGACCCCGUCUCCGGAUUGACUGUCGAGCAUUUCAAGCAUAUUGCUGCGACGUGGGAGGGGUCGUUGCUUGUAGCUUCGGUGCCGAAAAUAUCAAAGAAGAAUUCUUUAUUUUCAUCAGAACAGAUCAAUCGCCGGGCAGACGAUCAAUCGGUCUCUCCCGAAGAAGAGGAAGACCGCAUCUACGUGCUGGGAACAGGUACGAAAGGUGAACUUGGUACUGGGGCACAGACACUGCAUUCCCGGGCAUCAGCGCCAUCAUACAUCACCAACUUCCCACCCUCUCCCUAUCCAUCUGGACAAGAAUCAACCCCAAAAAUCACCGCACUAGCAACCGGAAUGGCCCACACCAUCGCAAUCCUCUCAAACGGCCAAGUCUACGGCUGGGGCAGUUCUCGAAAGGGCCAACUGGGUCCUGGGAAUAAAGCCGCCAAGAUUAUUUGGGAGCCUACGCGCGUUGAUGGGAUUCCCUUCUUUGCGAGGGGUGCGGUCUGUGGGAGGGAGUUUACGGUUGUCUGGGGGGAUGACUGUCGACGGUUUGUACUGCUGGGUGACAGAGGGAUGCGGUGGGGGGUGUUGGGAGAUUCUCUUUCUUCCUCUUCUGAACUGUCAGCUUCAUCGUCAUCUCCACAUGGAGACGGGAAGGAUGAGGGGGUUGUGGAGGUCACUGCUGUAAAUGGGUUUACCGAUAUUUUUGCGAGUUGGAAUGGGGUUUAUGUACAUGCUCCACCUAACCCAACGGGCAUAUCAACGUCUGAAGGGGAUAUCACCACAAUCCCACCACGGCCAGGUCAUCUCAUUGCAUGGGGACGAAAUGAUCGCGGUCAACACCCACCGCCAAAUCUCCCCCCGCCGGCCAUGCUCGCUGUCGGCAGCGAGCAUGUCCUUGCGCUCUUGGAGGAUGGAACCGUCGCAGCGUUCGGCUGGGGCGAGCAUGGGAACUGCGGGUCCGAGACAGAUGCUCGGGGCAACGUGGCGGGGACGUAUAAUGUUAUGUCGCUGCCGGCAGAUGCGAGGACUGCAGGUGGCAGGGUUGUUGGUGUUGGGGUUGGAUGUGCAACUAGUUGGUUGAUAGUAUCUUGA